AUGGUCUCCCCUUCGGCCACUGCUCGCAACCUUGGGGUUGGUCCACUCCGUACUCCUGCCCGGGCUUUCCUGAUGAUCCAGCUUCUACCACCACUAAUCAGUAAUGGUGUCCCUAUAAAGCUGGGACAGAAGCCAAUCGGCUGUGCUGCGGGGCUGCUCGCUGUCUCUGCAGGUGCGGGUUACUUCGUGUACCGCUACUUUCAGAGACGCAGCACAGCUACCGACCACACUCAGCCAGCUCACGACUCUGUGGAUGUGCUGGGAGAAUCACCUGAUACUCCCUCUGUCCUCCAGGUCGAUGAGCCCAAAGUGCUGAUUUUUACCGGUGACCCUCACAGUGACACUUCAGCUGUCAGUCUGGUUCAGUCUCCGGACUCCAUCAGCUCCCAGUCUGAGUCAGUGGAAAUCAAGAGAGACCACCUCAGGAUAUUAAGGGGUCCAGAGAGUCAACCCUGUGAAACCACAGAGACGUACCCCUUGCAUCAUGAGGAAUUCUCUUAUGACGACACUGAAGACUCGUCCACUGACAUGCAGGCUGUUGAGGCAAACCUGCAGCUGCAGUCCACUGAACCUCAACAAGACACUUCAACUGUCAGUCUGGUCGCUGAGCUGUAUGAUGAGCCGCUGCCCACUGCUUCUGGUGAUGACCCUACAGCUUUCGUCCUGAAUGAGUGUAAUUCAGAGGAGAGCAGAGAGGAUGAGGAGCUACAGCCUGAGAGAAAGAGCCUGGAGGACUUCAACUUCCUCAAUGUGCUUGGAAAGGGUACAUACGGGAAGGUGAUUUUGUCCGAGCUCAAAGGCACUGAUGAGGUGUAUGCGCUGAAGUUUAUGAAGAAGGACAUGAUCUGGGAAUAUGAAAACAUCAGCUGCACCUUUAUGGAGAGGCGGAUCUUGGCUCUGGCCAGUGAACACCCCUACCUGACCCACCUCUACUGUAGCUUCCAGACCAGCGACUCACUGUGCUUCGCAAUGGAAUUUGUGAAUGGCGGGGAUCUUGCAUUUCACAUUUCCUGUUCAUGUGGAUUUGAUGAACCCCGCACCAGAUUUUAUGCUGCUGAGAUCGCCUGUGCCCUCAUGUUCCUCCACCGCAACGGGAUUAUUCACAGAGAUCUCAAACCUGGAAACAUCCUCCUCGAUGCCGAUGGCCACUGCAAGCUUGCUGACUUUGGCUUGUGCGCAGAGGGAAUACUAGACGGCAAGACUGCCAACACUUUUUGUGGCACACCCAACUACAUGGCACCAGAGGUGUUACAGUAUUGGGAAUACGACACAUCGGUGGAUUGGUGGGCCCUAGGUGUGAUCAUGUACGAGAUGAUGACAGGCUACGCUCCGUUUCAUGAUCACAACGAGGAGAAGAUGUUUGAGUCCAUCAUCAAUGCUGAACCGGAAUAUCCAUCAGACCUCAGUAGGAAUGCGGUCAACAUCCUCAAAGCGUUCCUGAGGAAGAAGCCCAUGGAUCGUCUCGGCUGUGUGGUGUCCGAGGGCAAGGAGAAUGCCAUCAAAGCUCACCCUUUCUUCAGUGAGAUCAACUGGUCAUGGCUGGAACAGAGGAAGAUCACUCCACCGUUUCAACCACAGAUAACAUCAAAGAGGGACGUCAAUAAUUUUGAUGGCAGAUUCACCCGUGAGGAGCCCAAGCUUUCUCAUGGGAAUCUCUCCUUCUUCAUCCAGUCCAUCCAAGAGGAGUUUGAUGGCUUCUCAUUUAUUAACCCUAAAUAUUAA